AGUCUCGAGCGCGGCCGGCCGGUGGCGCCACCUACAAUGACGUCACGUGUCCCUGCCGGCCGGCGAUUCAGCCCCGAGGCGCCGGCGGCGGUGUGAGACGCGCUGGCGGCUGGAACGGGUGCUAGUCUGGCCGGUCUGUGUGGGGAGACAGGCGGGGGAUACAGUGCGGACAGGCUGGUGUGAUCUGGUGCGGCCUCAAGGUCACCUUGGACGUGGAAGAGGCGGCGUGAACCAGGGAGUCACUACACAGGUGCCGGCGCCAUGUCGGAGUCGGCCCAGUACGAGCUGGUGGAGGGCGCCGUGUUCCAGAUGUCCGACGGCACCUCUGUCACGGUGCGGGACGGCCAGCUCGAGCUGUCGGACGGCAGUCGGCUGCCCACACCCGCUGCCGGAGAGGCCAUCACCGUGGAGCGCACCGUCACACGUCCCGACGGCGGCACCACGCGCAUCAAGCACACCAUCCGACUGAGCGAGCCGGAGCCACCCAUCGCCGAGACGCCGGCCAGACCCUUCGCCGGCGCCGGGCCCGGGCCCGACGAGCAGGACACGCCGAACGGCCAGCCGGAGGGCGAGACGGUGCCGGCGCCGGAGACGGCGGCGGUGGCCGAGACGGCGCCAGUCGCUCAGUCCAAGACCUCUGAGACGGACAGCGCCCCCGCCGCCCCGCAGCAGACGGAGGCGGCGAGCGCAGAGCCGACACCGGCUCAGGAGGCGGAGAAGGCGCCCGUGCCCGUGACGCCCGUAGAGAACACGCUGAUGGGGGUGAACUGCGGCCGGCGCAGCCUGCGCGAGAUGCUCUGGGGCUCGAUCCCGGAGAGCGGCUUCGGGGAGGACGAGGAUGAGCCCAAGGCGCCGCCCAAGGGGCUGCUGAACAAGUCGUACUCGAUCAAAGAAGAGGACGAGUCGGAACACGAGGAUGACGAGGUUGCCCACGAGGAGCCGCUGGAGUCGAGCGAAAACGCAGACGCAAGCUUCGAGUUUGUGGAAGAUAAGACGAAGGACAGCGAGGCAGAGAAGCAACCAGAAUCUUCCAAAGAGUCGCCUAAAGAUGAUGGCACAGCUGAUGAGAAGCCAAAGAAUGAGAAUGCUUCGGAGAAAGAUGAGGAUAAGAAAGAGCCAGAGACCUCGCAGGAUUCUACUGCUGGUGACACUCCGGAGAAAAUCCAGAGUGACCAAGUCCAGGAGUCUGCAGCCGGGAAAUCGGACGAGCCCAGCUCUGCAGACGUCUCUGAGGCCAAGGAGCCGGAGUCUGAAUCCGAUCCGCCGACCGCGGAGAAGCUGGCCGAGCAGGCAGCCGCCCUCAUGGCCACCACGGUCUCGCUGGACGAGGCGCCGGCGCCGGCCGAGCCGCACCACGAGAAACGCCACCUGACCCGCCAGCACGAGCUGCCCUCCUCGGGAAACCCGGCCACUGAGGAUGGUGACGAAGUGGUGGUCCGUGUUGGUGUGCCUGUCGUGGACGCGGCGCCGGCCGGAGACUGCACCGGGAAGAGCAACUCACCGGCCGGAGACGCCGGUGAGAAGAGCGCCGCGCCCGCUGGGGACUCCAGUGAGAAGAGCGCCACGCCGGCCGCCGCGACGCGCCCUGACGAGGUCACCAGCGACCUGCAUCUCAAGCUCACACCGAUCCUGCGCAGCCUCGAGACGGACGAGCCCAAGGGUGCUGGGCCGGACGGAGACGGCGAGCGGCCCGCCAAGCCGGCGCCCGGCGAGGACCGCAAGGGCACCGUGCCACCCAACACGCCGGCGGUCGCAGAGGAGCGCGAGGGCCUUCCCGGCGCCGACGAGGCCGAGAUCGGCCAGGAGCCCGUGUCCGUGCCCAAGGUGGUCAGCUACUACGAGAGCAUCAGUCCUCGGGCAUCGCCGGCGCCGACGCGACCGCGCGACGCGGCCACCUCGACCGUGCCCAAGGUGAUAAAGUUCGCCGAGCCGAGCGAGCCUGAGAAGGUGUACCUGGACGGUCAGGAACCGGAGGACGCUGAGGACUCAGCCACCCCACACUCCGGGAACACAGAAGAGACGAUCAGCCCGCGCUCCGAGAACACAGAGGAGACGGUCAGCCCGCGCUCUGAGAACACAGAGGAGACGGUCAGUCCUCGCUCCGAGGCUAGAGAGGAGACAGCGACCCCGCGCCCCGCCGAGGAGCCGUCAGCGCGCGUGGAGCUGGCGCCGGAGCCGGCGGCGCAGCAGCCGCCGCAGGUCCUGGUCGCGGUGCGCGGCACACCGGACGACCUGGACCCGCUGUCCGCGCUGGCCGCCGAGCGGUCCGUCCCGCCCGAGGAGCCGGCCACGCCCAGCACCACGCCGGAGAAGGAGACCGAGCCGGAGCCGGCGCCGGAGGGCGGGCAGACCGGCGGCGAGCAGCCCAAACCGGACCCGCCCGUCUACCGGCCCGAACUGUUCGAGCCGGAGCCCAAGCGGCCGCUGAUCAUCACCUCGGAGCGCGUGGACGAGGACGCGCCGCCCUACGAGCCGGGCGUGCACGACGCGCGCACGCUGCCGCUCGGCCGGAAGACGGCCGUGGUGACGGAGCAGCCGCCGCCGUUCGGAGAGGACGACCGGUCCGACCCGCGCGACCCGUUCCUGCCCGAUCAGCCGCGGCCCGGCGCCACCAUCAAGGAUGACGGCUGGCUCAGCACGUGCUUCGACCUGUGCUGCUGCUGCUGGGCACCCUGAGCGCCGCGCCGGCGGCGGGCAGCCCGGUGAUGUGUAGAUGUGAGCUCGGUGGGCGCACCGAGAUUAGGACGGCGCGUGACGCCGCGCCCGGACCGGCGCCGGGGCUCGAUCGCUGCCUCCCGGUGUUCAGUGCUCGAGUCUCUGGCUGGGGGCGGUCGGGGACCGCGGACUGUCGCCGAUAGUUGACGUGCUCUACAGCGGCUGUGGCAAAAACACCGCUUUGGUGGCUUUGAACUCUGAUUGGAGGUAGCGCGACAACAUACGGCGGAAACAGCAUGUGAUACGGACUGGACGAGCGACGUGGGUGUGAACUGUGAAAUUUAGCUACGCCGCGGCGUUCAGGAACCCGAGCUUCCAGGCGUGACGCCGCUGCGCCGCGCAGCGUAACCGUCGAGCGACCGCGCCGCGCCCGCUGGUUGGGGGACCACUCAUCAAAUGUUUUACAAUAUUCACAGAUGCCAUGACUUAUUUUCGUAAUACCGACCGCUUUUGACAGCUAUAUUCAGUAAAAUAUACACAAAAACAACA